AUGCAGGACAUUUGGCGAUUGGGUCUUGACUGGGAUCAGGAUCUUCCAGAGGAACUGUUGAGAACAUGGUAUCGAUUUCGGCAACAACUCCCAGUUGUGAAUCAAAUGCGCAAACCUCGUUGUGUAACUCAAGGAGAGGUGACUACUGUAGAGCUUCAUGGAUUCUCGGAUGCCUCGAAGCGGGCCUAUGGAGCUGUCGUUUAUGUACGGAGCAUCACUUCGAGUGGGAAGGUCUAUGUCAACCUGGUGGCCAGCAAAUCACGUGUGGCUCCUCUCAAGCCGAUGACGAUACCACGACUCGAGUUGUGUGGUGCGAAGCUUCUGGCGGAAUUGAUGCAGAAGGUAAUAGCUGCAACAAAGAUGAGUUUUGAUAAUGUGAAACUGUGGUGUGAUUCCCAAAUAGUUCUGUGCUGGCUUAAGAAAUCACCUCUAGCACUAAAUCCGUUCGUAGCUAACCGUGUUGCUGCAAUUUUGGAGAUCACGCAAUCUUAUCAGUGGGGUUACAUACGAUCCGAAGAUAAUCCUGCUGAUGUAAUAUCAAGGGGUGAGCUGCCCGAAGAUCUGCUGCAAAAACAAUUGUGGUGGUGCGGUGCACAAAUGCUUUGGGAAGUACAGCUCACGUCAUGUGAACCUGAAUCGUUUGAUGAAUUGAUGCUACCUGAACUAAAACCAUCAGUGGUGUUGUCAGUUGUGAAGGUGAAACCGACGAUAGUGCUCAACAGACUCAGCAGUUAUAGAAGGAUCCAGAGAGCGUGGGCGUAUAUUCAUCGGUAUAUCGAUUGUAAGGUGUACAAGAAACAGGUGUCUGGUGAUAUUACUGUCGACGAGAUUAUGAGGGCUGAGAAAUCUGUAUUAUUGCUUGUCCAACGCGAAUCUUACGGAGAUGUUUUGAAGUCACUAAAAUCGAACUCCGUUCAGCAACACCCGUACCAAAAUCUGGCACUCUUUGUGGACGACGAUGGGUUAAUACGAGUUGGUGGUCGUUUAAAAUAUUCUUCUAUUCCGUAUGAUGGCAAGCACCAGGUGCUCCUACCACAGAAGCAUCACAUCACCGAAUCCAUUGUUCGUGGGCUGCAUCAAGAACAUUUUCACGUCGGCCAGAACGGGCUUUUAGCAAUCGUUCGUGAACGUUAUUGGCCUGUCCAUGCUAAGCAGUUGAUUAAAAAGGUGGUUACGUCGUGUCAGGUGUGUGCACGCCAGCGUCCCAUACCGGGCAUCCAGUACAUCGGUAACCUUCCCGGCUGUAGAGUAAAUCCGUCACCGCCAUUCUCCAAGGUAGGAAUAGACUAUGCCGGUCCAUUUAUGCUGAAACUUGGAGGACGUAGUACGAAGCUGUACAAAGGAUACGUAGUUGUGUUUGUUUGCCUGGUCGUUAAGGCCAUCCAUUUCGAGGUGGUCUCCAGUUUGUCGACCGACAACUUCAUUGCGGCGCUAAAGCGAUUUUCCAGUCGUCGUGGUUUGCCGAGUGAUAUACACAGUGAUAACGCCACUACUUUUGUCGGUGCAAAUCACGAAUUGGCAGCUCUCAGGCAACUGUUCGAAGACCAGCAACACCAACUGAAAGUAAAGGAAUAUUGUAGAGCAAAAUGUAUCCGCUGGCAUUUCAUUCCCCCCAGAAGCCCACACUUCGGUGGGAUCUGGGAAGCGGGGGUGAAAUCAAUGAAAUAUCACCUCAAAAGGGUUGUGGGUGAAACCCGACUUACUUACGAGGAGAUGACCACCUUCCUCGCUCAAACGGAGGCCAUUCUCAACUCGCGACCAUUGUGUCCAAUGUCAGACGAUCCCAGCGACUACUCCGUUUUGACUCCGUCUCAUUUCUUGAUCGGUCGUUCUGGGGUAGCUUUACCAGUACCGUCUUACGAAGAUGAGAAGGUGGGACGACUUGAUCGAUAUAAACACGUUCAACAAAUGCAGCAGCACUUCUGGCGCAAGUGGUCAAGCGAAUAUCUGCAUCAUCUGCAAGGCCGCCAAAAGUGGAACACGAAGGUGAACACAAGUUUCAAGGUCGGUGCAUUGGUCUUAUUGAUCGAGGAAAAUCAACCGCCGCAGCAAUGGAAACUUGGACGAAUUGCAGCUGUCCAUCCGGGUGACGACGAUGUUGUUCGUGUGGUGACAGUCAAAACCGCAGGAGGUGAAUAUAAACGAGCUGUGUCGAAGAUUGCUUUGAUGCCUUCUGUUGAAACUGAAUUAUCAACGGGGGGUGAAUGA